AUGCAACGAUAUCAGCCUGAAAAUUUUUUAACUCUUAAUUCAAAAAAAUCAUCAACAAAUAAAAAUACUUUUAACAAUUUAAUUACUAUGAAAGCAACAAUUAUUGGAUUAUUUUUCUUGUGUCAAUUCAUUGUUAAUUCUGCAGCUCCAAUUCCGCGAAGUAGGUAUAACAACUACCCAGCUGUUGAUUUAUCCGAUCUCGAGUGGCCUGAAGCGCAACCUAUCCAACUACUCAACGAAAACGGAGUUGUGAGUGUUGUGGAAUGCUAUACCGAACUUGAUGCUUCAUUUAUUAACUCAAACUUAAUCUACAGACUAAACAAUACUGCUGAAGUUCGUGACCGCUCCUGCGUUGUGCGUCUUCCAACGCAUAUGAUUUUGACUAUUAUUGAUAUUAAAACUCAUGAUGAUAAUAGUUAUGUAACAGUAAUGGCAGGUUCAUCAAAAAUUAUUAUGCCGUUAUCCAUCAACCAUAUACGCUCUGGUGAAUUUUUAUUUGAUAAUUAUUUCAAAUUAAGCAUGCUUCUAGAAUUUAAAAACAUUUAUAAAAAAUUGAAACAUGUAUUAAAAAAUCUAAAUUUGCUACUUAAAGCCCUAAAAUUGCUUCAGAAAAUUUGA